GAGGAGUAGGAAUCGGCUCGUCUGACGCCUCUGGCUUCCAGCAGAGUGGAGCAUGCCUCAGCAGGAAGUUCUGGCCGCUGGCGCACCUACCUGUGUGCCGAUCUGCUUCCAAAAGGAGGAGCUGCUUCUUUAUGCUGCAGCUUUCUGCCUGUCCCUGCUGCAGCCUUAGACAUGGGGCCGGUCUGCUGCAAGCCGGGCAGACUGAGGAAAGCACGUCUCCAAGGUGGAGCAGUGGAAAAGGAGCGCGCCCCAAUCAGCCAUGAAUCCUUCCUGCUCAUGGCAAGCUCUCAGACGGACAUGGACGACUGGGUCAGGGCCAUACGGCGGGUCAUCUGGGCGCCAUUUGGAGGAGGAAUCUUUGGCCAGCGUCUGGAGGACACGGUGCAGUUUGAGAGGAAGUUUGGUCCUCGGCUGGCGCCGCUGCUGGUGGAGCAGUGCGCCGACUUCAUCAGAGAGAGGGGCCUGGAUGAAGAGGGUUUAUUUCGGAUGCCUGGACAGGCCAACCUGGUCAAAGAGCUGCAGGAGGCCUUCGACUGCGGAGACAAGCCUCUGUUUGACAGUAACACAGACGUCCACACGGUGGCGUCCUUGCUGAAGUUGUACCUGAGGGAACUGCCUGAACCAGUCAUCCCCUUCUCCAAAUAUGAAGACUUCCUAACAUGUGCACAGCUUUUGUCCAAAGAUGAGGAGGAGGGGAUCCAGGAGCUUGGAAAGCAAGUCAACACUCUACCUCUGCCCAACUACAAUCUCCUCGAGUACAUAUGCAAGUUCCUUGAUGAGGUUCAGUCCCACUGCAACGAAAACAAGAUGAGUGUCCAGAACCUCGCUACAGUAUUUGGACCAAAUAUCCUUCGACCCAAGAUGGAGGACCCGGUGUCUCUCAUGGAAGGAACUUCUCUGGUCCAGCACCUAAUGACCGUCCUCAUUAGGGAACAUCAGCGGUUAUUCUCAGGGAGGGACCAGGAAGGACAUGUCUUGCCUCACACUGAGUUGCCCGCUCAGGGGCAUCAACUCCAGCACCGCAGCCUGGGAGCCUGGAUCUCUGAGGAGGACCUACAGACCGGUGCGGCUCCCAACGCCGACCCGGAGCUGCACAGCAGUGCCUCAUCUCUGGACACCAAACUGAGUGCGGCUGUCCCCCCCGGACAAAAACCGGGGGCUUCAGCAGGGAAAGGAGAACCGGUGGUCAGUCCAAGCAAACAAGCCAAGAGUGCGCCUUCCUGGAAAUACUCUUUUAAAACUUCUUCGACUCCCCGUUCCCAGCCACAGGCUAAGCAGACCCCCACAGCGGCGGAUACUGGCGCCUCCUCUGGAGGAGGAGGGGGUAACUGGCUCAUGAACGGUUUGUCCUCCUUGAGGGGACACCGUCGCACGUCUUCUGGUGAGCGAUCUGCACGAGAUCGCGACUCCUCCGGCUCGUCCCAGAGACUGUCCACUUACGACAACGUGGCCUCCUCUUCUAGCAGCGUCCCCAGUGCGUCCAGCUCCUCCUGCGACAUCUCUGUGCCCAGCUGCGGUGGAGAACUUUUAACCCCUCAGAACUUCAGAGGAGGAGUAGAUGGUGAGGAGAAGGUGGAGUGGACAGAGAGCCAGCGGGAGGCUGAGCGAGAAAAGGAAGAGGGGAUGAUAAAGGAGCCGGGCCUGGACCAGGACAGCUGCGAGGCCGUAGAGAUCUGCAGCGGUGACAGCGAGCCCACAGCGGCGGUGGCAGCUCUGCCGUCCAUUAUUAUGACGGAGGAUGGAGAUGAGACGAUCCUAAACCUGAGCAGUAUGGUGGAGGGUCUGAGGGAGGAGUUGAGGAACCAGAGGACCACAUACGAGGCCAGGAUUCAGAAGUUGGAGGAGUCCAGCGCAGCGCUGACUGCUCAGGUGGAGCAUUUAGAGCAGGAGAUGGAGCAAGAGAAGAAGAAGCAGCACAUGUUGGAGAUCAAACUGCGAAACUCUGAGAGAGCCCGGAAGGACGCUGAGAACCGGAACCGUCUGCUAGAGAAGGAGAUGGAGGAUUUCUUCUCCACACUGGGGGACCUUGCUCUGGGCUCCAGGACCAGCGACAUUUGAUGCAACACAGCAGCAGCCCUGCAGCUGGACGCCCCUUUAAAACAAUAAUUAACUGCUACUGAAUAAAAGGAAAGGGACUGCUGCGCAUUUACUUGGAACUAAUGAAGAUAAAUGCUGAAGGAAGUAAAUGUUCUCAUCGAUCUGAGAUGCUUACAGGGGUCGACUCUUCUGCAUGCUUGAAGCUGAAAGUAUAGAUGGGGGACUGUAACAGGUGUAAAACCUUAUGUUUCUAGGGAAGGCAGUGUCAGAAAUAUCUCAGGUGGCCGUUACAUGGCGGCUGCACAGGCUUCUUCAAUCUCUACUUUCUAGAACUAACAUUAUAGGAACCUCAACUGUGAUGCAGAUCAGUCACUCAGAUCUAUCUUAGCAGCACAUUUAGAAGCAAUGGUUUGUUAUUAAAGGGAAACCCAGUUUCCCCUCUCCUUAAUUCACUAGUUUUUAAAGGUUUAUUAACAGUAAAUUGUUGGGAAAAUAUCAUAUCCUCAACAGGCAUUAAAGUUUAUUUAUUUAUUUAUUGACACAUAGUUUGGAACUAUGUUGCAAUGAAAGAUGAAGUUUUUUUUCAGUUUGUUCAAAGGUUUCUAUGUGUCAUAAAUUCAGUUUUCUAACUGGUUUCCAA